CAACCGUAAAGCAGAAACCGCGAAGUUGAGUGAUAAAAAGUGUUUUCUUUUAAAUAAUUCUAUUUGAUUCCAUCAUCAAAUUUAUACAUACAAUUGAAAAAUAAUUAUUUUCUGUCUUAGUUAUGUACUUGUAAAUAUUUUGAAGAAAAUUAAAAAACGAAAAAAGCAAACAAAAACAAAACAUAUCAUGUGAUACUUACUAAUGUUUGUUUGUACCUUCGUCGUCACUUCCAACUUGUGCACGUACAUUUGUAAUCUUAUUCGACAACAAGCAUUAAAGUUCAACAACAUACGCAUCGGAUGGCUAAUUUUGAUUUACUUCCCAACGAGAUUCUGGAAAAUAUUUUCCAAUACCUGAAUUUGAAAGAGCGUAAAAGAUUAUCUUCAGUGUGUUGCCGUUGGGAUGAGGUGCUGUUUUCAGAUCAAUAUUUACAUAGACAUGUCGUUUUUAAUAUUGAGGGAUGCCGUUUAUUAGAUGUUAAAAAACCUGUCAAGAGAUAUUAUCAAGCUUUGUCGCUUAAAAUUGAAGACCAAUUCUACAAUGAAAUGUUAAAAAAUCUUAGGCUGCUUAAUACGGUCAGUCCGAAUCCGACAUAUUUACGUUUGGAAAAUUGGAGCUCCGACAACCGAUUGGGAUGGAUUUUUGAAAAUAUUUUCUGCAAUCUUGAGCAUAUCGAGGAACUACACCUUACAGGAAACUGCAGGACAGAAAAGGGAUCAUUCUGUGCCUUUCUAAACAAUCUUAAUGUACUUAUGAUAAACGCAUAUCACAUCCAGUACUUUAGGCUAAGCGCACCCAAUCUAACUGAGUUAUUUCUGUAUAUACGAUCAGAGGACCACUUAGAUCUGUUAUCUCAAUUUACCGAUCAACUAACUAAGCUGUCGGUAGUAUUUGACUCGAAGGAUGGAUAUUACUUCUUUAAUCUUAACUUUCCCAAGUUAACAGAGCUUGUUAUUGACAGACACAUGAAAGGUAUGAUAAAAAGUGAACAAAAUAUUAGUAUUGCGUUUUUCAAGCGACUAAAACAGCUUAAAAAAUUGCAUUUUUCAAUUAAAUUCAUUGAUAGUUAUGUGAUGCAGGAGAUUUAUUCUAGCAUUUCAAAUUUAACUGAAUUGAAAUUACAAGUGUGCGAAGGAACUAUCGAAUUAUCCAAUGUUAGUAAAUUGAUAAAGUUAGAAAAACUGGCCGUCUCGGCUGAGAAAGUUAAUCUACUGAGUACCAAGCUUCCAAAGCUGAAACAACUUCGGCUCGGUUCUGCUGAAAUAAAUAAUGGGACAUUUGUGUACGGUUUAGAAAACCUGAUGCUGCAGGACAGUUUACGAAUAUUGGAUUUGCAUAAUGUUAAAUUUUUUCCAGAAGUGCUCAAAUUAACCCCAGUCUACAAUGUGCGGAUGAUUCACAUCAGUCAUUACAAAAGACUCCAAGAGAACCACCUCCAAAUACUUGUAAAAAAAUUCCCGGCUUUGUGCAGGCUUAAAAUAGUCAAAUGUUCUGGUUUCACGCGCCACGAGGUCGAAAAACUUAGGAGAAUGAAUUCAAGAAUGUGCAUUUCAUUCGACGAAGUUAGGUUUGGACGGUUUAUGUAAUAGCAGAGCAAUAAGAUUAUAGUACAUGUGAUAAUAACGUUUGUUGAACUAUGUGUAUAGGGAAUAUAUUUAAAAAAAUAUUUUUAUUUAUCAUAGU